AUGCCGACCUCACUAACAAUACACCUCGUCAACACCUCCCCGACCCCGCACAUCCCCAUCCAUGCCUACAUCACGGGUCUUGCCAUCCCCUCGAUGGCCCGCGUCUUCAUCCAGUCUGACGGCCGAACUACCUACUUUCCUCCCUCGCCUCCUCCUGGGAAAAUUCUCCAGCCCUUCCCCGUCGAUUGCGCCAUCCCCGUCCCUCCAGGCCCUCACCCAACCGUUGUCACCAUUCCACGCAUCGCCGGUGGGCGUAUCUGGUUCUGCCAAGGAGACAAAAAGCUCAAGUUCAUGCUCAAUCCCGGCGGUCCCGGAGGUGGCGCCGCGCUGGUUGAGCCAUCGGUCUUGAACCCGAGCGACCCCAACCGCGAUGUGGACUUUGCGUUUUGCGAGUUUACGCUGAACGAUCACCAGCUUUUCGCCAAUAUCUCGUACGUGGACUUUGUGCCGAGGUUGCCGAUUGCCUUGACGCUGGUGGAGAAGGGAACGAGGAGACUGCAGCAUGUGUCGGGGAUGCGACCGGAUGGGCUGGAGAGGAUCGCGCAGGGGUUGAGAGAUCAGGCAGCCAGGGACGGGUGGCCGUGGGACAAGUUAGUGGUGCACAGGCCGGGGAUGGAUAGACCGUUGAGGGUGCUGGCGCCGACACAUAGCGAUGCGGUCGGGGCCAAGUUUGACGGGUAUUUUGAGCCGUUGGUGGACAGGGUCUGGGAGAGAUACUGUCAUUUUGGGAAGCCGUGUAAGGGGGGUCAUGGCGCGGUAUUCAAUACCGAUAAGCCUCCUGGUCCUCCGCCCGGACCAAGACCGGGUGAUGCGCCGGGUGACCGACCCCCUGGCCCCCCACCCGGGCCCCGUCCCGGAGACGGUCCGAACGGCGCCCCGCCCAGGUUCGGGUUACGGCACGUUCUACAAAAAUUCCAUGGUCACCAUCAUCACAGCCACAACGGCCAUGCUGCAGCUCCUCAGCAACCUUAUUACUACCCCGGGCAGCAACAACCUUAUUACUACCAAGGGCAGCAACAACCUUAUUACUACCCCGGGCAACAACCUUACACACCACCUCCUCCCCCUCCUCCUCCUCAAGUCCAACACCAAACCCACCACCUCCGCAUCAACACCCAAGCCGCCCCCGGCAUUCUAACCGGCCACAUUCCCAACUUGCCCUCCGAUCCCCUCCUCGUCGGGUCGGAACCCUUCCAUCGCCCCACAACAGCCGACAUCUUUGGGUGCAACUCCGGUCCCUUCACCACGGGCCCCAACGCCGUGCGAAACGCCAUCAUCCCUCGUCUGGCAGCCGCCUUUCAGCGGUCCAGCAUCAUUGACUGCGAGGACCAGCCGUCGGAUGUGGAGACUUUUUACCGGUGGCAUGUGGAUGGGAGACCGACGAAUCAUUAUGCGAGGGUGGUGCAUGAGUGGAAUGCGGAUGGGAAGGGGUAUGCCUUUGCUUAUGAUGAUGUGCAGAGAGAUGGGGGGAGGGAUCAGAGUGGAAAGGUAGAGGGGGGCCAGGUGGAGGUUUGGGUGGUGGAGGUUGGUGGGGGGAAUAUUUGGGUUGGGUAGGUGGUGGGAUGUGGCAGGAGUAGGUAGGUACGGGGUGUGAGGAGGUGAGGCAUGGGCUGAAGGUUGAUGAAGGGCGACCGAACAUAGAUAAUUGGGAAUUGGAUGAGAUGAUGGCACGAUGUCAGAUAUUUGGGCGGAGUUUUAUUAACGAUGGAGCAUGCGAUGUGUUUCAAGGUCGAGUGUUAAAAAGAGACAAACCGAGGCUAGAGGGUCUAGUCCAGAACGACUUGAAUAGAAGAAAAAAAGAAAUGCAUCAUCACC